AUAUAGAUCUUAUAUUUUUUAUUGAUAUGCUGCUUUGAAAUCUUUUCGUCUUCGAUCAACCGUUCUUACACACCUUUAGCAUUUGUUAAUUCCUUCAGUUUCUUUCUGACUAUUAUAAACAAACGAGAAAGUAAUCUUACAUUAGUUAGUUUGAUAAUAAAAUAAUUAAAAAAUAAAAUUAUUAGAAAUACAGAUAAAUACCUAAAGCAGAUAAUCGAACGCCUAACUUCUUAGGUAACAUUAUGGGUGCCCAAUCCUUUAAUGUAUUCAUUGACAAUUCGCGUGCUUCUUUUAAUCUCUUUAUCUUAAAAGUGUUCCUUUGACUCGACGAAAUAGAUGUUUUAGGAAUUUUCCGAGUAGGUUUGCUCACCUUAAGAUACCGAAUAAUUCAAUUAACACUCUACUAGAUUAAAAUUAAAGGAACAUAUUUACAUUAGAAAAAUGAUUUUUAUAUGCCGAUUUAUGCUUCACAGAUUUAGGUUGCGCUAAGAUGUCGAUACGUCUUAAUUUUUUUACGCUUUUUCGUUUUUUCUUACGAUGCUCCUAGAAACAGAUGUAAUAUCUUAUUUGUUGUUUAUUUAUGAGCUAUUGCUAAAUUAAGAAUGACUUCUUAUUUUACUUUCUUCAAUUUUUUAUUUUGUAUCAACGAACUGUCGAUAUUUCCCGCAACAACUGUGCUUUUUACUCUUCUAGGAGCGCACCAAUAAGUGUUUCGUUUGUUACGAUGAGUUUUGAUAACUGAUUUUGACGUUUUUUCGUGUCUAUGUAGAAAAUAGCGUUAGCAGGUAUCAGAAAACUAGGAAGAUAGGAAAACAUUAUAUUUACUGCGAUUUGUUCAUCUUAGAACGAAAAUUUAGAGGAUUGGUUUCACUGGACAAAAAAUUUUGUCGGGAGACUUGAAAUUUUGUUCACGAUUACUGUUUGUUGGAUAUAUUACCGAGAAAGAAUUGAAGUUUGCAAGUAUCCUUAUUUUACGAUCGCUUCACUGUCAAUAUUUUAACCCUAAGACAAAAUUUUCAAAAUUCUCUGUUGCUUUCACAAUUCACAUUACAUCUCUCUCCAAGUCUCGAAUCAGGUAACAAUUUUACAAUCAAAUGAACGAUAUGAACACGGAUGUUCAUCAAGAUAAUGUACCAAGACUUGAAAAACUAGCGAAACCCAGAAAAAAGACCGAUAAAACCAAUAACUAUAACGCCUUCAAUGUAAAACGUGGAGCAUUGUCGUACCAAAUUACGGAUUCACUGAACAGAUUAGCUCAACCUAGGCGAAAACCAGCUACGAACGUGUCAAAUAUAUCCAAUUUUAGCACGAGAAACUCACCUACGAGUACAGUGAAACAAGGCCAUCACAAGUUAAUAAAUAGCAGCGAGCAGUCAAAGGACGCGCAAGAAUCGAAGAAGAAGAAGUUCCUGCUGGACACUUAUGCUCGUAUCACCGCAGCAAGGAAUAAAGGAUGCUCGAGACGACUGCAUGAACUUGCGAAACCGAAAAGCCGUGUGAUUCGUACUGAACCUUUCGACGAUUUCGAGAAUUACUUUCAAACGAUGAAGAAAUACAACGCGAAAGCUCCGCAUCAGAAAAGAAAAUAAUACCAUAAACUUCGUUACAAUGGUGUAAUACAAAAUAAAUAACAUCCACACAGAACUUUUGAUACUUACUUUAAGAACUUCCAAACUUCCAAUUUUAUUCAUUAACUUCUAUUUAAUUAAACGAACAUUUCGUAUCGGUAAAAAACAAACGAAGGGUUGCUUCCUUUUAAAAUUUGACAAACUCCAUUCGCAUAACACGAAGACUAAGUAAAAUCGCACAAAAUGAAAUCACGAUAUUAAAAAUGAAGAAUUUAAUGUAAAACAAUAACGUGAAACGAAAAAUGUCACCUCUAACGUUUUUAAUAUUCAUCUUAUCCAUUAAUAAAUUGGGAAAUAUUUAACCUAGAUCA